CAUUAUUACACAAUAAGUUCAUCCAACAAGUCUAAUUAAUGUCACAUUACGGGGAUCACAGAGGAGGGACUAAUUUGACAAGUUCAGCCAAUUCAGUAUAUGAAGAUAUUGAACCUUCCUCCGGUUGGAUAGAGGAUGCGGAAAAUCAUUAUCUUCUCAUUGAUCUUCCUGAAGGAUUCAAAAGGGAGGAGGUGAAGCUUCAAGUUGACACAUUUGACAAUAUAAAGGUAAGUGGAGAAAGGAAGGUAGGCGAAUAUAAAUUUAUUCGCUUUCAAAAAUCAACGAAAGCACCUGAAAAAUCGAAAUCUGAGGAUACCAGUGCAAGGCUUGAAGACGGGAUUUUGUUUGUGAUCAUCCCAAAAGAAUUACCAGUAAACAAUGAACGCGACGAGGCAGCAAUUGCUAGCUCUGGUCAUGAAGAGAAUCAACAAGAGGAAAUUGAAAGUUCGAAAGGUCAUGAAACAGAGGAAAAAGAAAAUGAUAAAGAGGGAUUGAGUAGGGACGAAGAAUUUCAUGAUGCAAAAAUGGCGAAAAAGUGGCACGAGGUUUAUCUAGUUGCAGCAGGAAAAGAAAUUCUGAAGAACAACAAAACAAUUGUAAUUACAGCAUUGCUAGCAUUUUCUUUCGGGGUUUACGUUUCUCAAAAAUAUCAGUCAAGUAAAAUCGAUUAAGCUUCAUGACUAGUCAUUCUCCAAUAAUCCAAUUACUUAUGUACAUAACAUAUUCAACGUGCAAUGAACAUCAAGUGAACCUACAAAUAAGUUUGUUGUUCAAAACUAUCAUUUAAUUUUGCAAAAUGAUUUCAAAAAAUUACAUUUCUAAAAUGUGGUGCACUUUACAAAAGUAACCAGAUAUAUUGGCAUAACAGCUUUAUAGGACAAAGCAUAAAUAUCCAAGUCAAUUGGAGGUAACUUGGGACUUAUUUGAUUCUGAUUGUAACAAGAGAAAAAUACACUAGA